AUGCGAACGUUAUUUCGGGCGGGUGAUUCGCAAUUACUGCGAAAUAUUAGUAAUUGGCUUGCAGGUGUGGCAGGUGACUGCAGUCGUCCAGCUGAAUUAGAUAAAUUUAGCAAACGAAAAUUAAUAAUACAAUUGAAAAAUCUCAAUAUUAUCGUAGCAUCAUCAUUUUUAAAACAGCAACUGAUAGAAUUAAUAUUAUUGAAUGAAAGUGAUGAAAAUGAUACAAGUUACUCAGCUCAAGAAACAUCUAAAUUAUCAGAAACAACUGUAGCUGCUUUAAGAUCUUCACAGCAUACAAAAAUUAGAGAACAAUGA